AUGGCGGAGACGAAGGACCGGUCUCCGUUCAGCCUCCUCCGAAGCCUCUUCUUCAAGCGACCUGCACCACCGAAAGCUGGCGCGCCGCCGACCUCCGCGCCCGUCGAAGUUCCCGCAACGGUCGCGCUCGAGGUACCGCGAUUGCCAACACCGCGAAAGCGAGCGCACUUCCACGAGCUCUACGAAGUGACGAAGGAUCUUGGUAACGGCUCGUACUCGCUCGUCAAGCAAGUGACACACAAGAGACACGGUGGUUGCUUCGCCGCCAAGAUCAUCGACAAGUCCGCGCUUUCAAAAGUUGAUCGUCACGCCUUGAGCCAAGAAGUUGAUGUGCUCAAAAAGCUCAACCACGACUACGUCAUGCAGCUCCACGAAGUGUUUGACGACGACGCGACAUGCUACAUGGUGGUCGAGUACCUCGACGGCGGCGACCUUUUUGACCGCGUUACCAAGCGCGGAAAGCUGCUGGAGACGGAGGCGCAAUUCAUCAUGGCCGCGCUUCUUGAGGCCGUCGACUACUGCCACUCGCGCUGCGUCAUCCACCGCGACAUCAAGCCCGAGAACAUCAUGCUCUCCGGUCAUAUGAUCAAGCUUUGUGACUUUGGCUUUGCUCGACAGCUCAUUGCCGUGGAUGAGCGCGCGUCCGACUCGUGCGGUACGCCAGGCUAUGCCGCCCCCGAGGUCCUCAACGGCCACCCGUACGGGUGCGAAGUCGACAUCUUUAGCCUCGGUGUCGUCUUUUACAUUCUUCUUUGUGGUUACCCGCCGUUCCCGAUGAAGCUGCACAAGCUGCGAAAGCAUACGUUCGAGGUGGUCUUCCCACCCAAGGAGUGGCAGUGCGUCUCGGACGAGAUCAAGAGCCUGAUCCGCAGCAUGCUCUCGGUGAUUCCUUCGCAUCGUCCGUCGGCUCUCGCACUCCGAAUGCACCCGUGGAUGAAAGCGGGACGGGAGAAACUUCCGCCACGCCCCAUCUCGGACCUGCGCAGCGACCUCUACGGGCCACGCGGUGUCCACGCCAUCAAGUACGGCCGGCACGGCUUUCCCCACGCGACGCACGUGCGCAUUUGCGACGUCUGCCACACUCUCACGUGGUCGUCAAAGUCGAUUCGCGAUCCAAUGACGCCAUCAUCGUCCGUCGCGCGGUCCUUCUUUGGCACGACAAGCCCACGCCCAAGUUCGUCGCGACCCGGUGGUCGCUGCGCACACACGCAGAUGGGACUGCUCCUCGAAAGCGUAGUGCGCGUCGUCCACGGUCCGAGAACCCCAGUGUUUGACCGCGUGAUGCGCCCAACGCCGGACAACUGCUGCUCGCUGCUAACCAAGACCCGGACGCUCGACCUCGAAUUCGGCUCGAAACGCGUGUGCGAGGAGAUGCUGGAACUCUUUACGAACGCGAUCGUCGACGCAGCUGCGGCGACGCCCCCCGAGACAACACGACGCGCGCUCGUCGCACCAACCUUGUCUCCCUAG